AUGUCCACCUCUCAGCCUCUUCGAGUUGGAGUCAUUGGGCCAACUGGGUUUGGUGGAUCUUACUUAUGCGUAGAAUUACUGAAUCGCGGCCACGUGGUCAUUGGCAUAUCACGCAAUCCCGAAAAGAUCGGGAAGCAUGACCGAUAUAUUCCACGUUCAGUCGAUAUCGACCAGACUGCUACUGUUAAUUUGGCCAAAAAUUUUGAAGACAUCGAUGUGUUAGUCUCAGAGUACGGUCCACACACAGCUGGCGCCGAUGCUCUCCUCUAUAUGCCAUUCAUGGAGACUGUACGCAAAAUCAUUCUCGCGGUGAAGCAGUCUCCAGUGAAGUACUUCCUCUUCGUCGGUGGGGCAGGUUCUCUCCACGUCCCCAACACGCAGGAAAGCUGCGUCGACCACCCCGAUUUCUUCAUGGCUUAUCGCCGCGCUAUCGCGACCUCUGAAGCGCACAUAGCCUACAUGGAAGAAAGACUUGGCAUCAUGGGGACGGCUUUGCGAGAAUACCGAAAGGCGCGGAUUGCAGAUCGAGAGGAUCGGGCAUCGGCUGAAGAUCGCAAGAUCAUUGCUGAGUACGAAUCAGGCAUCAAGACUAAAGAUCGUGCAAGUGACUUCAUUAAAGCGGGAAGGACGGCUUACAUGUUUUUCGACGGGAACACCAGUUUUAGGUGGAGUUUUGUUUCCCCAUCGGCCUUGUAUCGGCCCGGCAUCAGGACUGGGAAAUACGAAACUAGUAUCGACGAAAUGGUGCUUCUUGGAGAGCAAAAGGACAACAACAUUUUUGAGGAUCGGUUGACUGGAAUCAGUGUAGCAGACAUGGCGAUUGCAAUUGCGGAUGAGGUAGAGAGACAACGAUUUGUAGGGAAGCAUUGGAGUGCUAUUGGCGACUUAUCUCAAGAUCAGCCGGCACCAGCUUAUCUGACCUUGGAGAACGUGGAGGACGGACGGCGGUGA